GUGAAACGAGGAACAAGCGUGGGGCGGCUCAUCGGUUCACAAGCUUCUGCGUAUGUAGACGCACAAAACACACGCGGUGUUACAAAGUAGGAGAGUUAUAUGUUUUUCCAUUAAUGUUGUUUCAGGUUCUUGAGAUGAUAUCGCUGGCAGUAUCAAGUUUCAGUUCAUGUUUAACUAUGGAUUACUGAAAUUUUAUCAUCUUGGGUGUGGUGAAAAGUUAAAAAGCAAAGUUUCCGUUAAACUUCUUCGAAAGUUUCACGUUGUCCAUGAAUACGUUCAUCUCUAAAGAAGCAGAAGACGACUCAAGAAGCCCACAUGUUGAGAGGACGCAGUAAUAACGAGUUUAAACCUAUCCAUUCGGAAGAGCAGGUAUGACGAGAAUUGUAGGAGUCACCGGGUGUGUAUGUAUCAUAACUACCGAAUGGCCCAAUAAACCCAAAGCUUCAAACGUGAGUCUUCCUGAAAGUUAAGGACUACUUCAUUAUAGAAACGGCACAAGGUUUUCUAAUUUUACAAGUGGCGUUAUCGAUGUCACAUAAUCUAUAUUGUCCAGAGCCAUAAUUGUACUCUCUGUACGGUCACGAACUCGUAGUAUUUAAGGCUUAUCUAAUUCAGAAGAAUAAUUGUUCUCAAUAAAUUGAUUUUAUGUCAUCAUAAAGCUUCGUGCCUUUCCACAGUCUUCAGCGUUUGUUUCAAAUUCUGGAGGACUGUUUAACAACGAUUUAAUUUCAUGUGAAUUUUGGUGUUAGUUGUAAAAACUGAAGCAAUGUUUUUGACAAAUAAAGAACGUUCCAAACGUCUCUCUCAAGUGACAUUAGACACGGAUCACAGAUUAGCCUUAAUCUUGUCAGUGGUGUGUUGGUUGAAUGCGAUCUUGGAAAAUCUAAUCUCCUGAGACAAAACUGCAGACGAAAUAUUUACAAGGAAGACAAAGGUACAAUGGAGGUUUUGUUUGUUGUGGUAGCACUGGUUUGUGGUCUGACAACAGUGAGGACGGACACAGACGACACCCGACUCAUUAGGGAUUACUUUGGGGACAUGUUUACUUUGUCCAAAAAAGACUGUAGCGCUAUCCCUUGUGACCGGCUUAGUCGUAUGGCCGCAGCGAUGCCUGGACGUGAUUGUAAGUGUCAGUGUGCUCCUUCCCAUCCCACCUUUCGUGAGGACAUACGUGAAUGUGUGAAGGACCUGAGAGAAUGUCCUGUUGCAAUGUUUGUGCGUCCUUAUACUGUUGAAAAGUUUCCCCUGGUGUCACUUCCUAUGACUGGUCAACUCGUUUAUCCUGGGGCACACCUUGUUGUUUCAGGUGUUAGGAUGGAAAACCCUGUUCAGUCCUUACAUUGUGAAGUGAAGAAGGUGGAACUGUUGUCGUCUCGUGGCUGGAAGGAAGUCACUAAACCUGGCAAAAAUCACAUGUUUGAACUGUAUCAAGAUGGUGCCAAAACCUUUCUUCAGUGGCUUGGCAGUAAUGAAGACCGUCGGACGCUCCAACAACAUUUGGUACUUAUAAGACUUAGUUGUGAAAAUAAGACCGGAGAGGACGCUUUCGAGCCAUGUGCAGCGAUACGAGUUGGUUGGGCUCCAGGAUUAGGAACACCUACAAAAGAAGUUGAGCUUCCACCACAACCCAGCAACUACAGGUUUAUCAUUAUCGGUCUUUGUGUGGGAAUCUUAGGCUUAAUCUACGUCCUUGCUGUCCUAGUCUACCUGAAGGUCCGGAAAAACAGAGCAAAGGAACAAAGAAGCAGAACAUCUCUUGGAGAGACUGGUGAAGAUGAGGAGAGUCUUGCUGAAGAAAAUGCACAGUGCAUACAGAAAAGUGACCAGAAACAAGAGAAUGUGGAAACUGUAAAUGAACAGUCAGGAAGUCAGCUAUUGCCUUCUGAGGCUCAUGUUCACGAUUUAACACCUACUGAAUCUGUUAAUAUUGCUGGAUCAUCUUUUGCUGACACCACCGUGUCCUAUAGACAGGCCUUUCCAUCUGGAAAGCAAGCCCUCCAGACAACUAUAGCUUCUCAGAUUCAUAGUAUGCAGCAACAACCAAUGGAGAAACCUCCAUCUAAACCUACGUUGAUUCCUGAAUAUUUUGACCCUCAAUUGCUAGCGUCACCGCCACUUCCUGCUUUGGAAAUUCUUGUGAGAAUUCGAGAAAUGAUAGGUACAGCUAAAAAACGCCUUCAGAACUUACGCUACAAACCUACAUUAAUUACAAUUCCAGAAGAUGAUUAUUUUUUCCGGGACUUUAAACAACGAAGGAAUGAACAACCAAACACAUCCAAAUGCUUGAAAAUUCCUGUAAGAGAAAAUAAAACAGGUAUUGAACCGAAAGACAAAGUUGAAUGUUACCAUAGUGGUGUGCUCGGGACUCUGGAAUUGGGAAAAGAACUUAUGCCACCUCAACCACCUCCCCGACACAGCAGAUUGAAGAAAAAUCAGAAUGUAACACAAGAUUGUCUCAAUUCUUUAAACAUUUCUAUUGGUUUAGCUCAAAAAGUACGGCAUUCUGAGAACUCGUUUUCGUCUGCUCCUAAGCCUAACCAUACUACUAUGGAAAACAUGUCCAAGUUUGAUUUGUUUAGACUCGAUCUUUAUGAAAAAAUUAAAAGAUUACAAGAAACUCACGGUCAACAAGCUAUCCAUGAAGACGAAAAAGAAGUUCCAGUUUUAGAAGUGAAGCAGGGAGAUAAUAAUCCAGAUGAUUUUGGAGAAUGGAAAGAAAACAUUAUUGAGAAUUCAACAGAAAAUAUCUCCAUAGUAACUGAAACAGAGCUGGGCAAACAAACAGCCCUCAAUAACAGUUCUCCUUUUGCCAGUAUAGAUAAUUCCAGAAUAUCCAGACGGCUACUUAUUCAUAAGCUUUCUUUAGAGGAUGAUUCAGGAGCAAGAAAAGAUAAUACAAAUUUUCAGAAUAAUUGUUACUCCCAAGAAAAUGAAGAUCCACAGUCAGAUAUUACAAAAGAUAAAAUAGCAGAAAACAAACCAUUUUCGCUAGUUGAUACAAUGGAGCAAAAUCCAAUUGAAACUAACGCUAACAUUACACCAUCCAAAGAAAUUACUAAAUUUGUUAAACAAGAUAAAGCGUUAAGGAAUUCAGAUGAUUUUGAUGACGAUUCUACUCAUUCUUCUAGUGAGAGGUUUGAUGACAGUCUUGAGAACUCUGCGAGUGAUGCAGAUAUAGACAGUGAAGCUGUAUCUGCCACGAACGUACAAUUAGUGAGUAAGAAAAUGUUAACAGAAAGUGAAAUCACAGAUAAGAGACAAGAAAAUGCUUCAUCAAUUAUGAAGCCGGACAUGACUUAUGAACGGAAGGGGGAUUUAUUGUUGUCCAAAUUAAAUGGGGUAGAAAACUCUGAUUCUGAACUUUCAGAUUCUUUAAAAAGGUUUAAUAUGAAAAAUCGAAGAAAAAAUUGCCAUGAUAAAGAAAGCUGUACCCCUAAAAAAAGCCAAAAAGGUAGAGAUGAAAGUGCAUCUGACAGUGACCAUCCAUCCAUAGAGGAUUAUUUAGAGCUGUCCAAUAGACUGGCCAGAAAAUUGUCUGAAGGAAGAGUACCUGGAAUGAAUUAUGAAUUUUCAAAUGUUUAUGGAGAAAAGGAGAAAUCACCUCUGUCACAGCUAAUCAGAGACUUCAGAGGUUCUAUUGGAAAGCUAAAUAAACAUUUUGAUAUGUCUUCAAAAUAUAACAAAAAUUUUCAUACUAUGUCCCCUGUGUCAGAAAAUUGGACUUUAAAGAAAGGGGUGAGAUCUAAUCACAAGAGGAAGGAACUGCCAAACAGUGCCAAACGUGUUUCUUCUUUGAACGGGUCACAUAAAGCACCCACUAGUUUAAACAAUGAUCGGAUUUUCUCCUGUCAUUCUUUUGAAGAUGUUUCACAAAACAUUCUUCUUUCUUCUAAGAAGAUUAAGAACAAAAAUCUAUUUGAAAACGACAUUCAUGGUAAAAACGCACAAAAAGAUUUGAAUUCGAUUCAUUUGAUCAUAAAAGACUAUGAAAAUGGAGAUAAUAAAAUUGUGAAUGAUAGAAGUAAUAUUAUCAUAACCAACGAUUCAAAAACUAUGAUAGAAGUUGAAUUACAGAAACAAGAGACUGACGAUUCUGCCUUUUCUGCAACUGAUAAUUUCAUCACAGAAUCGUCACAAACAACUUCUGAACAACCUUUAGAAAAUUUGUAUUCAAAUAGUAGCUCUGACAGAACAGUGACUCUAUAUGAGGAGUUAUCACACGAUACGACAUAUAAAGCAGAAAAGAAAGAUGAUGCUGAACAUCUGAUGAUCAAUAAACUUAAUGGCAUACCUCAAGAUGUUUGUAACAAUGGUACUGAAAUGAACCAUUGUAGUUCCACUGACAGUGAUACAUCUUAUGAUAAUUUAAGACAAGAAGUAUGUUGUCGUUCUUUAGAAUCUGAUUCUCUGUCUACUGUGUGCUCAGACAUUACAGAAGACUCUCUCAACAAAAAUGGUUACUCUUCAGGCACUGAUACAUCUUUUCAUAACGAAAGUGAUAUUAGCGAAGAAAACCCCAUUGAAGCUUGCUUAGUAGAUUUAGCUAGAACCUCUGUGACCACUCCAAUGGAUGGCCGGCAUGUUAAGAUUAGUCGAGCUAUGAAGGGCCUGGAAGCAACCAAGCAUUUCAAGAUGGCCAAUUGGAAACACAUUUGUGUUGAGAAACGUAGAAGUUUGUCUCAGAAGGAGAGAGAAUCCUCUUCUAAUAAUUUAACUUCGCGUGUAAACGACGACUACAUUUCUAAUGAGCUUGUGCAAGACCAGUCCAAUAACUCCUCACAAGAUAGACAACAAGGUAAAACUAAUAAUCAAAGUCACAAGACUUUCAGUCCUACUAACAACAGAGAUAAGGUCACAAAAAAACUGACCAGAACACCAACUCAUGUUGCACGUGUUAAUGUGCAAAGGUCAAAUUCAAUACCUAGACAUGAUAAUGGCAUCGUUAAUUGUAACAAUGAGCCCUCAUUCAUUAACAAUGGAGUGGGAAGUACGUCUGAAGAUGAAGGAACACUGAUCAAAAGUUCUGACAAGGCAAAGCUAGGUUACUUGGAGGCCAUCUCGGACAGCAGCACUACUGAUGCAGACAUCAAAACUCAAGACAACAGAUGGAAGAGAAGAAAGCCAUUAUCCAGACACGUUAGGAAGGUUGUGAACAGUACGUGUAAGCAGUACCUUCAGCAUAAGAAGCAUGCAGAAACCAAGGAAAGUGGAUCACCCGACAUGCAUUCGUCUUCUACGCUUCCUUCAAAUUCCAGACCUAGAACUCCCAAACAACUCAGUUUUAACAAUGACGUAACAGUUAUUAAUUUGGAGGAAGAGGAAAACCAAACUAACACUGGUGAAAACAAUAAUUUUGUAACGUUAAUAUCCGUGGUUUCUUCUGAUGCUUCAAAUAGCGAAGACAAUUAAUUAUGUCAUUUAAUGAGAGUAUUCUAAUGUACAUUAUUUUCUUAACGUUGUAUUU